UCGGGUCGGGUGCGGGAUCCGCCCCCUUGGUAGGCAAGUUGACAGAUGCUCGAGCAACAACUUGACUUGUAAUCAGAGUUGGGUGUGCGGAUUUUACGCCAAUUCGAGCUGCUUUCGUCCCGAUCGCGCCAUUCAUGGUGGUUCGGAGAUGAUUCCUGUCAAGGAUAACGAAGACGAGUCCUGCUUCCUCGUCACCAAGCACUCGCCAUGGCGUGGGAAAUACAAGCGAAUAUUUUCCAUUGGCACUGCUGGGGUGACAACUUACAACCCCACCAACAUGGAAAUCACCAAUCGGUGGCCAUACAGCGACUUCAUGGGCGCCUUGCCUGGACCAAACGCCAACCAUGGCCAGUCAAACGGAAAUGGUCUUGGUGGCGAAUUUACGAUAGCAGUGCGUAGCGAGAAAAACAAAAAAGACUCUAUGAGGUUUAGCACCGAGUUUCGAGCGGACCUGUUGACAGACCUGCUUGUGCACAGGCACCAUUUUUUAGGCGCUGAAAAACAGAAGGAUCCUUCUAGUAGCUAUCCAGCAUCUAAGCUCCACUGGUCAGGCAUCAACCUGCCUGUGACCCUGACUGUGGCCCCAGCUGGUCUGGAGCAGAGGGACGUGACAAGCAACGCUUUGCUCGCCUAUUACCCUUACAAGGAAAUCGCGGGUUUGAGAAAGGUCAACAACUGCCCUGGCUGCCAUGGGUCCAAUGAGGCUUGGGCCGUCGAAAUCAAGCAGACUGGCAGAAUGCAUUUGUUCGUGUGUUCAGACUGGGCUGGAAUCAAGCAGAAGAUGGUCAAGUAUGCCCUUCAGUACUUGGGAUUGACUCUGGUAGUAACCAGCAGCCAGCCGGAGGCGUCAAUUGAGUGGGAAAACUGGAACAGUGCUAGAUUAGGAAAAUUUAGUAGUGACGAUAGUCUGACUCCAAUUGGAGAAUACAAUGUGAUGAAAACAUCGUCAAGACAUAGUGAGCCAGUGAGACGAGUACUAUGUCUUUCUGAGCAAUGUCUCAUUGACCGAGAUCUGCAAACGUUGCAAAUCUGUAGCAUAGCGCCAUUGGAAAGGAUAUUUUGCUUAGUGCGGCCAAGGGAAUCGGCGCAGAAUUUUACAGUUCAGUUUGACAAUGGGCAGAGCAAGAAAUACGCGUGCCAUGAAAGGGACGCUGUUUUGGCCUCUUUGCUGGACACAAUCAAGGCAGCAGGGAACCGCAACGUUCACGUGUCAACCAAUGGGACCGCCAGAGGCAUGCGUUGGCUGCCAUUGUGGGCCAUGAUUGAUGAAGAGACGGAGAAAAUGGUCUUAAAAUUAAUUCAGCCGCCACUCUGCGACAAGCCGUACGCUGAGCUGCUGGAACGGUUCAAUGCCAAUGUGCCUUACAACGGCUUAGCCCAUAUCACAGCCCCGACGGGCAUUUUUGGAGAGAAUAAAGACAAACAGGUCACCAGCGCGCUGGAGACUAUAAUGAUGAAAGAAGGGGACAUUUCAACCAUUCCGCUGACAGAGCUGGAAGUGCAGUUCCACACGCUUAGACGACUCUUAGCUUGCAGAGUUGGCUACUGCUCAUUCACCACUUUGCCAGGACUAAGAGAAAACAUUGGCAUGCGGGUAGUGAAAUCUCUUCGUCGGGGAGAUGAGUCGGUAGCUCAGCUCGCUUUGGAGUUGGUGUGCGCACUUAUGGUGCCACUGCAUCAAGCAUGGGACAUUCGACAAGAACAGCUGAACAAGGCAUCUCUGCUUUCGAGUCCAAAGUUCCUAGCCAGCCUUCUGGAUAUGUGGGCAGGACAUGUGACACGAGGAACUGGCGCCCUUGUGGUGGCUGCCAUGCUGGAUGUCCUGACCUUCGCCCUGUGCGUUCCUUACUCUGAAACGACUUCAGCUGCCCACUUUGACCAGCUGCUUGGAGCCUUGGCUGAAAGAGGACGCUGCCUCUACAAAUUAUUUCAACAUCCUUGCUUAGCAAUCGUGAGGGGCGCAGGGCUUUGCAUGAAGGCGCUGGUGGAGGAGGGCAGCGCAGAGGUUGGCGCUAAAAUGCAACAACUGGCUCUGACAGAAGGGGCCCUGCCUCGCCAUCUGCACAGUGCCUUUUACCUGACAGACACUGAGCCCAGAAUUAUGGCUCUCAGACAGCUCUCGCGGCAGCUGGUUGCUCUGUGGUGUGUCAACAAUGAUGAAGCCAAUGACUUGCUGAAGAGAAUAUUGCCACAUGGCUUGCUGAACUGGUUAGAGUCAGAUGAGAAAGUAGUUGAGUCAAGUGAGGACCAUUUAAACACCAGAGAUAAUCUCAAACUCGUGAUCGAUGACAUGGAGUCACUGAAACCAAAGGGAGUUCAAAAAAUGGGACUGACUGUCCAGAAGAACUUGAAAGUUGUAGAGCGUCAUGUUGAGCACGCCCUUCAACAUUGGGGUGCGAGAAUGGGUUUGGAGAGACUUGAGAGGAUUGGCGUGAGCGGCGGAAUGGUUGAAAUCACUGACACAAGCAAUUUGCCCAAGCCGGUGGCGCUGAGACUGAGAAGGGAGUUGGUCAAGUCUACUGCCAACUGGCCGCUGCUUUACUCAAAAUUCUGGCAUGAUCACGCACAGCCUGAUCUGAUCUGGAAUCACAGAACUCGUGAAGAGUUACGAGAGGCUCUGAAGCAGGAGCUGGCCAAUUUUUCUUCGGAAGCUGACUUCACUGCGUCAACAAUGGCAGACGCCGAAAAUAUUCAUAUAUCUUGGAACUACAGAGAAUUUGAAGUUAAUUACGCAAGUUUGGCAGACGAAAUUAAAAUUGGCGACUACUACUUGCGUCUUCUCCUCGAAAGAGACCACGAGGCAACCCUUCAAGCCAGUCUUGGAGAGGGGAUAGCAGUUGGUUCUGGAAUCAAGAAGGCGUCAAAGCUGUUUACUGAGCUGUACCACCGCUUCCUGCUGAGCCCCACAAGAGCUGACAUGCGAGCAAUGUGCCUUCAAGCGAUGUCGAUUGUCUAUGGACAACACUACGAGGAGCUGAAGCCCUUUUCAGACAUGAAGUUCCUUGUUGCAAUGCUAGACAAAAGUGUUGAAAAACCUGAGAGAGAUAGGAUUGUGUUGUUCCUUCGACAGCUGGUGCGCCAGAAGUCCAAUUGUCAGUUAAUGCUAGAUGCUGGCGUGGUCAAGAGUUUAAUUGACCUUGUAACACUGUCUCACCUGCACACCAACAGGGCUAUGGUUCCAUCCCAGAGCAAUGUUUUGGAAUCUGGACCAGGCAUGACCAGAGACCAGGAAAAAGAGUGGUAUUAUGAAGUGAACAAUGUAAGAGCAGGGCCCGUUAGCUUCAAAACGCUGAAAGAGUUGUAUAGUGCCCAAACAAUAACAAACAAGACCAAGUGCUGGGCGCAGGGGAUGGAGUCGUGGCGUUUCCUGCAACAAGUGCCUCAACUCAAGUGGAGCCUUAUCGCUCGCGGAGAAGCUGUGAUGGAUGAAAGCCAACUGGCCCACCUGGCGCUAGGCAUUUUGAUCCAACUUAGCGAGUACUCGCCUUCUCGAGAGGCGGACGGUUCCAUCAUCAGACCGCUGCCUAGAGUAAAGAGGGAGCUUUCUGACCAGAGCUGCCUGCCGCACGUCGUCCAGUUACUGCUCACCUUUGAUCCUAAAAUUGUCGAGAGCGUGGCUACGCUCCUUCACUCUGUCAUGGCUGACAAUCCGGCUGCCACCAGACUCUACCUCACUGGCGCAUUUUACUUAGUGCUCAUGUACACUGGCUCCAAUGUCCUGCCAAUCGCGCGAUUCCUCUCCGCAACACACACCCUUCAGGCCAGCAGCAGAGUGCAGGGAACUGGGAGCAUUUUGUCUCCCUUAUUGCCCGACGCUAUGGUCCACUUCCUAAUCAACCAUGGACCAGAAAAAUUUGCGGAGACUUUCCUUGGAGAAUUUGACACUCCAGAAGCAAUCUGGAGCUCUGAAAUGAGGCGGCAUUUGUGCGAGAGACUAGCAGCCCAUUUGGCGGACUUCUCGCCCAGACUCUCGUCCAAUACCAGAGCUAUUUACUCGCACUGUGCCAUUCCAGAGGUCCAGUAUCCUCAGCUGGACCGAGAACUAUUCUGCGGGUCGUUUUACCUGCGCCACCUCUGUGAUGAAAUCAAGUUUCCCAAUUGGCCCAUUCCUGAACCGGUUUCGCUUCUUAGAGACGUGUUAUUGCUGUGGAAGAGAGAGGUAGAAAAGAAACCUCCAGCCAUGUCAACAGCCGACGCCCUGCGGGAACUGGGAAUAACUGACACGGAAAAUGUUCAAGAGGCAGAAAUUAGGAAGGCGUACUUUGUAAACGCUCAAAAGUUCCACCCUGACAAAAACCCAGCAGGAAGGGAACGGUUUGAAGCCGUCAAUAAAGCUUAUGAGUUCCUGUGCAGCAAAGAUUCCAGAGACUUAUCAGGACCAAAUCCAGAAAACAUAGUCCUAAUUUUAAGAACGCAAAGCAUCCUAUUCCGGAGAUACAAACAAGAGUUGUCUCCAUACAAAUACGCAGGCUACCCGCAACUAAUCAAGACCAUCAAAAUGGAGACCGGUGAUGAAGCCCUAUUUUCUAAGCAGACGCCCCUGCUUGCCAGUGCCAGUGAACUUGCCUUUUACACGGUGGAUUGCUCUUCUCUGAAUGCAGAAGAACUGAGACGCGAGGGUGGAAUUGAUUCCCUGCUGGAAGCACUGUCCAGGUGCGUGGCUGUUCUGAGCAAAAGCUCUAAACCGCAAGAUGUGGCUGUCAGAGUGUGUUGCAACGUAGUGCAAACUCUUGGAGUCUGUGCUAAGUCCCAAGCAUGCAGAGACAAAAUGGUAGAGCUGCCUCGUCUUGUCUGGGAACUCUGUAGUAUUCUCCAUUGGCAGCAUUUGAUUGAGUUGGCCUGCCACACAUCUGCAUGCAUUGCUUCCUUGGCUGCCGAUUCGAUUCUGCAAAUGGCCCUAGUCCAGACAGGCGCUAUGUGGCCUGCCUUGAGAGCGAUUUUUGGCUAUGAUUACACUCUAGAGGAAGGUGGCGUCACCCAAGCUGAGAGCUCUAACAAUCAGGCUUUGGAAAAUCGCUUGGCGCGAUUGUCACUUCGCGUGUGCGGAGCCCUCAGUGGUUUCCCCCCACCGUCACCUACAUCUAGUCAGCCGCCGAAGGAAAUCGGCAAAAGCAGAGGCGACGAAGUCAAGAAAGAGACCUACCCUGUCAACAAGGUGGCCCAAACAUGUCUGGAAAGACUGCUCACGCCCUACAUCGCUCAUCAACUGCAUGGAGACAACCCUGACGAAAUCCUUAAAAUUCUGAACAGCAAUAUUGAGAACCCAUACCUGAUCUGGGACAAUGGCACCAGAGCCCAACUUAACGACUUCGUUGAACAACAAAGAACAACACGGCGCGACCCCAAUGAUCCCAUCGACCCGUCUGUUGAUCUCGCACCAGAGUUUGAUUUCUCAGCACACUCGGACGAGCUCAUAAUUGGAGGUGUCUUCAUCCGCAUCUACAAUGAGCAGCCAUCCUUUAUUAUCCAGAAACCAAAAGGAUUUGUUCUGGAGCUCCUUGAGUACUUGAGAAACCAGUCAAAGAAGUUGCAGUCAGUCCCUCCUGAGGACAAAAUACACGUGCAUUCACACAUGGCCUUGCAAUCCCUGGCAAACGUGCUAAAGGGUAAUCCUGGAGUGGAGCUUCAGUUGAUCGGACACUUCAAGCUGCUGUCCUGGCUGCUGGUGAUACCGCGUUUGCAGCCUGAUUGCUUGAGAGUGCUCAACACUGCGUGUUCAAACCAAGAGUGCGUCAAUGACCUAGCCGUGUCAGAAAUUAUGCACCACAUUCUCUUGACCUUGCUCGGAGAGGAGGAAAGCGUGACCCCUUGUCUAGAUUGUCUGCACGCCCUUGCUUCUUCGCCAAAAGCAGUAAAAGAAGCUCUGGCUAAAGGUGCUGUGCUGCAUUUGCUGUGCCUUUUCUGCAAUUCGAACAACUCUGAAGAGGUGAGAGGACGAACAGCUGAACUGAUUUCAAGGCUUUCGGCCGACCGACUCUCGGGUCCGAGGGUGAAACUAGUGCUCUCUCGCUUUCUGCCUGCCUCGUUGUCUGACAUGAUCCUAGCUACGCCUAGAAUGGCGAUGGCGCUGUAUGAUGGAAACCACGAAAAUCCCGAACUAGUCUGGGGAACUGACCAGAGAACUUCGCUUGAGAGACAUCUCAAGGAACUACAACAGGAGUUCUCAAAGAGGCAGAGGUUGGACGGCAAGGCUGAGUGGAAAUCGCCAGACACCGAUUUUAACUAUCAAGUAGAUCAGUCAGACGAGCUGGUAGUCGGUGGAGUUUACUUGAGAUUGUUCUCAACCAACCCUGGAUGGAGUCUCAAGAGACCUAAGCAUUUCUUGGGAGAGCUGUUAGAUACUACCAUUGACCUGAUGUCCAGAGAGUCAGGAGAGAGUUCCAAAAUGGACCUGGCCAUAGUUUCGCUAGUGAGCCUCCUGGCCACCCAACCAAAGCUCGCAGACGUCCUUCCAAGUCUGGGCCACAUGCCCAAGUUAGUUCAAACUCUGGUCAGCUGUGUCAACAAAGGCAACAAUCAGGCGACAAUUGGUGCCGUAAAAGUGUUCCUGCACCUUUCAAAGAGUCAAGGCUGUGUUGAAGCACUCCGAAACACUGACUGCGUUUCUGCUCUCAAGUUGGCCAUGCAGAAGUACCCUCAGGCUCAGGGACCGGCGUGCGAGACCUUGGGUAACUGGUUCAGUGCAAUGGGGUCAGAACCUAUUGUGAGACAGGCUGUACAAAUCGAGCUAGUGCCAUACUUGCUAGGGCUGCUGCAGUCAUCGUCAUCGGUGCUGUCGCCUGCGCACAAGGCGCACCUGGUGCACGCCCUCAAGGCCCUGAGGAACACAAGCAACCCUCAGCUAGCAGAGAAAAUCGCAGCCAUGCUGGACAAGUGUCCUGGCUGGGCAGAGUUUAGAGACCAGAAACACGACCUAUUCUUGGGAGGCCCAAACGAACAAAAAUACUUAGAAGCGCCAUCAGGCAUGAUGGGAUACCUGACAGACGGCCGAGGAACAGCCAAUUUGCCCGAUCAGCCACCACCCCUUCUGUCACCAACCGAGAGUUCACCGAGGUAGUGAUGGACGACAACUGUGUGAGAGGGAAUUGCAAAUUUAUUUAACAAUUAGUCACUUGCUCAUUCCCUGAUUUUUUUCCUGAUAUUUCCAUCGUUUCAAUGUUCACAAUAAACAUUUAGUUAAAUUUUAAUUUCUAUCCAACAAAUCUUUAGUCCUCAUUCCAAUCGCAUUAAUUUAUAGACAACCUCUACAACAGAGUGAAUAAUAGUUCUCCCGGUUUUCCAGUUUUACUCCUUAUUUGAAAUUCUCCAACCUGAUAUACAAGUGGUUUGGAAAUUGAAAAUGUUAUUAUGGUUUCAACAGUCAUUUUAUACUAAUGGUUCUAAUGAAUUAUUCUGUUAAGAGACCCAAUUUUUAUUUUUAAAUUUUCUAACUUAUCACUGAAAAGUAAAAUUUUACAUUCCAAAUUGUUAAAAAUUUCGUUCAGAUGGUUAUAAUUUGUCCUUUUUAAGACAUUGAUGUAUAAUUUUUGUGCUCAAAGUUACAAAAUAAAUCCCAAAUUUUUAAAAUGUGCAAAAAAGUGAGAAGAAAGGCAGAUUGACAAGAGACUAUUCUUUACGUACUUCAACCUGUAUGAUAUACUAUGUAAGAUUAAAUUAAGUAAGGAAUAAACGGAAUAAACAAUUAAUUACAAAAUGA